AUGGCGACGGAUGAUUUCAUCAGUAACCUUCCUGACGAAGUUUUGGCUAGGAUUAUAUCAGGCUUACCAGCCAUUGAAGCAAUAAGAACAACUAUUUUAUCAAAACGAUUGAAGGAUGUAUGGAGGAAUGUUUUCCGUUUAGAUUUCGAUCCAAAAGGAGUGAAGAAAUUAUCACCAAGAAAACAGGCUGUUCCUGCUCCAAAUCAACGCAGAUCUACGGUUCCAGUAAUACAAUUUGGAUCCAAUGUUUGCCAUGACGAUGGUGAUGAUUUUGAUGAUACUGAUAAGAGGAAGAGAUUGCCCGAGUUGUUAAGAAUAUCGAUAAUAACUCUGCAAUCACUUGAGUUCACAAAUUACGAUAUCAGAUUCCAUCGCCCUUUUCACCAUUGCCAUAACCUCAAAACCUUGAAACUCUAUCACUGUGAUAUUAGCACUGAAACCCUUGAAGCAAUCGUUUCUAGCUGUGGUUUUAUGGAACAUUUGAGCGUUUGUUCUUCCACCUCCAGUUUAAAACAGGUUCGGAUCUUUAGCCAAACGGUUAAGACUGUGGAGCUGGAAUCAUUGGAUUUGGAGGGGAUUUAUUUAUCUACCCAAUCUCUUGGUGCUUUGGUUCUUCAUUCUAUGAAAUUUCCAGCCAAAAGUAUGGUUAUCCAUGCUCCAAAUCUUAGGGUUUUUACUGCCACUCGCAAGCCCAUAACUAAAAAUCCAUACAAUUUCACCCGUCCUUCAAAACAGACCAAGAUUGCUGAAAUUCUAGAGUAUUGCACUCAUCUCUUGACACCUGUAAAUUAUAAAGCUAAUGAUCCAAUGGAAGACCCAAAUCUGUUUAAGAAUUUGAGGGAGCUAACCAUUGAUUUAGACUUGAACGAUAGAAGGGAAAUGUUGAUCCUCUGUAUCGUUCUACAACGCUGCCUUAGUCUACACCAACUUGAAAUCAACAUAAAGGAAAGCAGAAGUGAAAUAGAGGAAGCAACAAGGAAUUACAGUAGUGUAAACAACCGACUGCCAUAUCCAGAGACAAAGCUAUGGGAGCAAAGGGAGCUGUGCGAUUGUAUUACAUUCACACUAAGACAUGUAUCCAUUAAGGGAUUCAACGGGAAAGAUGGGGAAAUGGAAUUCCCAAGGCAUCUGAUUACGAAAUGUGCCAAGUUGGAGAGAUUAGAGAUUUGGUGCAACCAUGACUGGUCCAGUGAAGGAGGUAAGGCAACUCUUGGUUUACUUUCACUGCCUAGAUCCUCCAUUGAUGUCUCCAUUCUUCUUAAACCGCCACCCAAUUUGUUGGUAGUUUUGGAAGAUGGGUCUCAACCCUAG